AUGCAUCCAAGCUUUUCGUUUCGACCGAGAUGCUACUCCGACCUACCCAAAACUCAAUCCGCCUCACAGAACCCCGCCGCCGAGAUUGAUCCCAGUGAAUCAAAGCAAACGGACGAAGUUCUUGAAGAGGAGGAAGAAGCCCCAUGGUUCCUCGAAGAAGAGCCUCCGAGGCAUGCCCCCAGCUUGCACAAAGCUACCUUACCGAAAGCUCCCGAAGAUGGCCCCGCGAUAAUCGAGCCGAUGAUCAAAUACAUAUACGAAGACAUGGGUCUUGACGAUAUAUCAUUGCUGGAUCUCCGAGAGCUUGACCCCCCUGCUUCAUUAGGUCCCAAUCUCAUCAUGCUAUGCGCGACCGCUCGAAGCGAAAGGCACCUGCAUAUAUCCGCUGGGCGGUUUGUGAGAUGGCUUCGACGAAAUCAUGACGUUGAUGCGAGUGCCGAUGGACUCAUAGGCCCAGGGGAAUUAAAAACGAAGCUCCGGCGGCUAAGGAAGAAGGCGAAGCUCAUGGGUUCAAACAGUGCGAUACUGCCCGGUGGCGAUCAUGGCAUUUCUACGGGAUGGGUGUGUGUUAAUUUCUCCUUGCAUGGACAGGGCCAUGCCGAAGCCGCGGUUUUUGAUGACUCUGGGAAGUUUUCUGGAUUUGGCUCUGCGCAAACAGGAACUACCGUGGUAAUCCAAUGCAUGACUGAGCCCCGGCGUGAAGAACUUGACCUUGAAUUGCUAUGGAGGGGGGUGCUCAAACGAAACCUUCAGCAGCAAACAAAGGUCCGCGGGGAAAGCGGCGUGGAUGCCUCAAACUUGGAUAAGAUGCUGGCCUCAAGAUUACAGCUACACACAAGUCCGUCGAAGAUGCAAUGGGAAGCUCUUCAGCAAGCUUCUGAGCAGCAAAGGCGUAUGUCUACUGCAAGGACACCCUCUCGGUGGGAUAAGCAAGCCAAGGGAGCUCCUCUCGAAUAUAGCGGCUCCCUUGUCGCAAACACGUAUUCCAGAGCCAAGGAUGCAAGCGCAAAGCAGCUAGAGCUGCGGCACAUGCUGGAAUCAAUCCUAUAUGGUGGAGAUGCUCUCGACCACCGUCGCCUCCAAGAGCUCAUUCUAACCAUUCUCGGAGCUCCGUUGUCAUCUAGUCUCUCGGCCGCCGACCGUCUCGCCUGGGUCGACAGCCUGUUACGCACUACUGAGGAGAGGGGCCUUGAGAUUGAAUCCACAAAUAUGCUCGUUCUUCUGAUAGAAGCUGUGGUUCGAUCUCCAGCAUACGGGCCCGAACUCACAAAGGCUCAACAAGGCCUUGAGAUCCUGCUUCGAGAAUCCCACGAGCCCCCGACGGAAGAGCAUACUCUCGCGCUCAUGAACGCAUACGCAUUCUGCGAGGAUUGGGAUCGAGUGUGGGACGCCUUCCGCGUUCCGCCCAGGUUCAACCGUGCGAGGUCUCCUCGACUAUAUGAGCUUGCAUAUCGACUCAUCGCGUCCACAUCCCAGCCUCGGCUUUGCAGAGACGCUCUCCGAUGGAUUUACCCCGAGAUGCUCCUCGAAAAACCGGCCGUCAGCCCCGUUGGGGAGCUCUACAGAUGGCUGAAAAUGGCCAUUUUAGUCGCUGACCCUCUUGCGCUGACGCAGCUCAAAGACAUCAGCAGGUUAGACAUGAUGGAUGAGGAUAAUGACACCGAAGAAAUGUCGAAAGUGCCCGAAUUCGCUCGUAUUCUCGCAGAGGUAGAACAUAUCCGGUCACAGCUUCAGCCUCAGGACCGGUAG